AUGCAUGUGUUUGGCCAGUUUCCCAACCAGGAGGAUUUCUGUCUCGUCGUCUGCCAUGUCUGCAACCAAGUGGUCAAACCCCAGGGCAUCCUCACCCACUACGGUAAGAACCCUAUACCCUAACACACUACAGUAAGAACCCUGACCCUAACUCUGACACUACCCUUACAGUACAAACCACCCUGACCUUGACACAUUACCCAGACCCACUAUGGUAAGAACCCUAACUCUAACCCAUUUCAGUAAGAACCCCCAACAUCGGUCAGUGCUGGACCAAAUCAAAAUCACAUUUUAUUUGUCACAUGCUGCGUAGACUAACAGUGAAAUGGUUACUUACGGGUCCUUUUCCAACAAUGCAGAGUUAAAGAUGAAAAAUAAUAAUGGAAAACCAGCUAUUUUCUGUCCGUUUGCUUACGUUCUCGUUGAGCCCCAGUGAGCGGAGCGCGCUUACAUCUGCUGCUGGCUGGCUGCACAUGAUCUAGAGCGAGGAGUCUGUCUGUGCCAAGAGACAGGCAAAACAUACACACACACACAUUGAGUGUAUGAGUGCUCUCUCCUGCCCCUUGCAGGUUGCUGCCUCCAGCUGCAGUCCUCUCAGACAGGACCUAGACUUUGUCCUAACCACUAAAUAUUAAUAUUAAUAUUAUUAAUUCAUUUAAAUGGUUAUAACGCAUGUAAAUCUGACCUUAGAUCUGUGGUUAGGGGGAACAGGAAAGCUUCCUCUCACAACAGUUGCUCACUGACAGGCUCUGAGGAGGUCAGCUCUGCUCAGGGGUCAAUGCCUUUCAGCUAUGCUCCUCCAGCUUGUGUGUGUGUGUGUGUGUAGAACUACUCUUUCCGCCAGCCAGGCUGCAAGAGUCAGACAGACAGUUGACACCCAGCUCAGUUUCUCUCUCUGCCCAUCUGUAGCUGACGGCAGAGGCUGAUUAAGCAGUUUAACGGAAAAGCUUUUGUCUGUUAUUCAGAGAAUGUGUGUGUGUGUGUACUAGACUGUUAUUCAUAGGGUGUGUUGUUGUCUGGUGACUGCCCUUACGGUCCUGGAUUAAUUGAGCUCCUUGCAGGCUCUGUCCUCAGCUUAGUUUCGUUUCCGUCCUGACUUUGAUGUGUGGGAUGGCACACCCUGCAUUGUAGUGUGUUGGCGAGGUAGUUAGUUAGUUUGUGUGCUUGCUUUGGUGCCAGUGUGGGCAGUUGUUGUGUUGAAGCAGCUGCAGUGUGGUUUAGUGUAGUGUGAGUGUUGACUUGUGUAGAAUAGUUUAGUGAUGUGCUGCGUUGUGUGUCAUGUUAUGAAAUGUAUUGGCUGUUGCAGAAGGGUUUGGCGCUUCUCUCUCUCUCUCUCUCUCUCUUUCUCUCUCUCUGGUGGGUGUCUUCCUCUAGCGGUGGCGGUGUGGAUGUAAACAAACCCAGCUGAGCUCUCAGAGCGACGCUGACGCUCAGCUUCCUACUUCCUGUGGCUGCUAGCCUCGCAGGGCUCUCACGCUAGCCACCGCUCCGCUCGCUCGGCAAUGCCAUGGCAACAGGCUUGAGGGACUAGGUAGAAGUUUCCCCUAACCACUGAUAACCACUGAUACAGGGUCAGAUAGUUUUAAACCCCCUUAAUAAUGUUUAAGGUUAGGAUAGGGUAUUUUGAUCCUAGAUCUGUGUUAGGGGGUAACUUGUACCUUGGAAGGGCAGAAGCACAAGACUUAGACUUGAGUGCAUUGUUAGAUGUACGCUAAACUACAGUUGUAAGUAACCAAUCUGUGUGUGAAUCUGAAUUGGCUGCUGUGUAACUACUGCUGCUGCUGCUGCUACUACUACUACUACUACUGCAUACCUGAAUGAGGUGGACUUUGGUCCUAGCUCCCAAUACAGCUGCCCCUCUGCAUUACCUUGCCUAUUUACUCACCUGCACACACCUGCCCGCCGGACGCAGUUACACACUCACACACACACACACCUGGAACAUACGCACACACACGCCUUGACGCCUGCUUAAUCUGUGUGCUCAUUCAUUCCUAUUGUUCUAACGAGCUGUAGGUAUUUCUGCACUCAUUGGCAGGGUAAGGCAAUCUCCCUGUCAUUCCCACACGCUGUCAUCUUAUUGGCUCCUCACACUGUCAGUCACUAAACUGUGACCAAUGAGACAGAUUCUGUGGCUUAGGUGAUACAGCCUAUGUCAUACAGUAGUUGGCUGAGGAGAGUUGGCAGGAUGGCUGUGGUGCCGCGGCCAAGUCUAUUUAGGAAACUGCCCGGGCAGAACAAAGAUGUUGAUUCCAAAAUGAAUAAUCAUGAAUAGUUGUAUUUGCUGACAGUGAUAUAAUGCAUUAUUUUAUCCCCACUGCACAGUUCGUUCACAAGCUUUCCGCGCUAAUUUUAGUGCAAAGUCCGCAUGAGUAGUAUGUCUACAAUAAGCGUUGAUGAGGUGUGUGUGUGCGUGCGAGAGCACGUGUGACGUGUGUGGUGGGUGUGGGUGUGUGGAGCGCCCGUAUGGCUGUGUGUGUGUUUUUGACAUGUCCCUCUGUCCCGACUAGGUGUCUGGGGAGUAGAGUCCCAGUGAGGCAGAGAGAGUAAAGGACCUCCCCACCCUCCUCCUCCUCCUCCUCCUCCCUACCCCCCCAAAGACAUGCAUAGCCAGAACCGUAAGUCUUCCUUCCUUCCUUCCUUCCUUCCUUCCUUCCUUCCUUCCUUCCUUCCUUCCUUCCUUCCUUCCUUCCUUCCUUCCUUCCUUCCUUCCUUCCUUCCUUCCUUCCUUCCUUCCUUCCUUCCUUCCUUCCUUCCUUCCUUCCUUCCUUCUCUCUCCUGUCCUCUCUCUGUCUCUCUCCAAUGCACUCUACUGCAAUAUGGAUCACAGAGUUCCAGACUAACUUUUUUAGUUGGUGGCACCAGCUCAUGAUUUAGUCGCACCCAUAAAAAAACGUUGUCACGCAAUAUACAGCUGUGGAAUUUUUUUUUCUUAAAUCAGCAUCUCUACAUGUAUGACAGCCAUUCCAUUCCAGUGUCUGUUGAAUUCCAACACAGGGACACCUCAUUCUACUGAAUUAGGUACUGAUUAGGUGAUCACAUGAACCAAAUCUUAUUUAACGAGGAAAAGUAUAAAAACCACUGCUGUGAUCAUCACUAUCCUCUUGCAAUAGGACCAGCUAGAUGGCAAAAACAGUGCUAAUAGUACCUCAAAAGUAAUAUUAAUAAAAAAAUAACUAUUGACCAUGCCAAAAGAGUUGAAAAGGAACGUUUUGAGUGAGGAAAAGAAGGGUUUAAUUCUGGCUUUACUGGCAGAGGGAUACAGUGAGCGUCAGGUUGCUUCCAUCCUUAAAAUUUCAAAGACAGCGGUUCAUAAGAACAAGGUCAAGCAGCAGACAUUGGGGACAACAAAGCUACAGACCGGCAGAGGGCGAAAACGACUCUACUGACCGGGAUGACCGCCAACUAAUUCGAAUGUCACUCAACAACCGUAGGAUGACAUCAAGUGACCUACAAAAAGAAUGGCAAACGGCAGCUGGGGUGAAGUGCACGGCGAGGACGGUUCGCAAAACAGGCUCCUAGGGGCAGGGCUGAAGUCGUGCAAAGCUAGAAAAAAGCCCUUCAUCAAUGAGAAGCAAAGAAGAGCCAGGCUGAGGUUUGCAAAAUACCAUAAGGAUUGGACCGUAGAGGACUGGAGUAAGGUCAUCUUCUCUGAUGAGUCCAAUUUUCAGCUUUGCCCAACACCUGGUCGUCUAAUGGUUAGACGGAGACCUGGAGAGGCCUACAAGCCACAGUGUCUCGCACCCACUGUGAAAUUUGGUGGAGGAUCGGUGAUGAUCUGGGGGUGCUUCAGCAAAGCUGGAAUCGGGCAGAUUUGUCUUUCUGAAGGACGCAUGAAUCAAGCCAUGUACAAGGUUGUCCUGGAAGAAAACUUGCUUCCUUUUGCUCUGACAUUGUUCCCCAACUCUGAGGAUUGGUUUUUCCAGCAGGACAAUGCGCCAUGCCACACAGCCAGGUCAAUCAAGGUGUGGAUGGAGGACCACCAGAUCAAGACCCUGUCAUGGCCAGCCCAAUCUCCAGACCUGAAUCCCAUUUGAAAACUUCUGGAAUGUGAUCAAGAGGAAGAUGGAUGGUCACAAGCCAUCAAACAAAGCCGAGCUGCUUGAAUUUUUGCGCCAGGAGUGGCAUAAAGUCACCCAACAUCAAUGUGAAAAACUGGUGGAGAGCAUGCCAAGACGCAUGAAAGCUGUGAUUGAAAAUCAGGGUUAUUCCACCAAAUAUUGAUUUCUGAACUCUUCCUAAGUUAAAACAUUACUAUUGUGUUGUUUAAAAAUGAACAUGAACUUAUUUUCUUUGCAUUAUUCGAGGUCUGACAACACUGCAUAUUUUUUGUUAUUUUGACCAGUUGUCAUUUUCUACAAAUAAAUGCUCUAAAUGACAAUAUUUUUAUUUGGAAUUUGGGAGAAAUGUUGUCAGUAGUUUAAAGAAUAAAACAAAAAUGUUAUUUUUACCCAAACAAAUACCUAUAAAUAGUAAAACCAGUGAAACUGAUAAUUUUGCAAUGGUCUCUUACUUUUUUCCCCCUGGCUGUAUAUAUUUUUGUAGUAAUCAUCUUAAAGUCCUUCACAGUGCUUUAUUAAGAAGUGUAAUAGGCUACUGAGAUGCCAUUCUAUAAAUAAGUUUUUUCAUCUAACAUGUCCAAGCAGGAAUGCAUGAUUCAAGAUAUUUUGAUGUGCAACCUAAUCCAGUGAUUGUCAUGAAUUUUGGGUUGACCAUUAGGAUAUUGUUGUUAUAUUAUACUGUCAAAAUAGGGCUCCAGAUGUUCUUUAAAAAAAAAAAAUUAUGGAAAUGAAUUUGCCUACAUCUUUAUAUGCACUAAGGGACAGUUGGAGAAUUACUGGGGGGGUGUAAUGGGUGACAUUCUGAGGAAAUUGUCAAUAUUCCUAUUUGCUAUAGCCUAUUUCAAUGAAUAUGUUAUUUAAAGAAUGCACGAUAACAGUGUAGACAUGGCUAAGUUUCACCAAAGCAGUGCUAAAUGUCCAGCCAGAAUUAUUAUUUUUUUCUCUCUCCAAUAGCGGAUGAUUUCUCCCGCCACGCUAUUUCAUGAUCAAACAAUGAAUCUAUCUAACGGAGUUCUACGCCAUCUCAGAAAGUUUAAAGUUGUUUUUGAAUAACCUAGAAAUAUGGUAGGCCUAAGGUAAUAAUGAGAGGAAUACAGUGCCUUCAGAAAGUACUCACACCCCUUCACUUUUUCCACAUUUUGUUGUGUUACAAAGUGGGAUUGAAAUUGAUUUAAUUGUCAUUUUUUGUCAACGAUCUAUAACAAAUACUCUGUCAAAGUGGAAGAAAAAUUCUAACAUUUGUAAAAAAAUAUAUAAUAACACUAUCUUGAUUAGAAUCACCUUUGGCAGCGAUUACAGCUGUGAGUUUUUCUGGGUAUGUCUCUAAGAGCUUUCCACACAUGGAUUAUGCAAUGUUUGCCCAUUAUUCUUUAAACAAUUCUUCAACCAUUUUCAGGUCUUGCCAUAGAUUUUCAAGCAUAUUUAAGUCUAAACUGUAACUCGGCCACUCAGGAACAUUCACUGUCUUCUUGGUAAGCAACUCCAGUGUAGAUUUGGCUUUAUGUUUUAGGUUAUUGUCCUGCUGAAAGGUUAAUUAAUCUCUAAGUGUCUGGUGGAAAGCAGACUGAAUCAGGUUUUCCUCUAGGAUUUUGGCUGUGCUUAGCUCCCUUCCGUUAAUUUUUUUAUCCUGAAAAACUUCCCAGUCCUUAACGAUUACAAGCAUAACCAUAACAUUAUGAAGCCACCACUAUGCUUGAAAAAAAUGUGAGUAAUGUGUUAUGUUGGAUUUGGCCCGAACAUAACUUUGUAUUCAGGACAAAGGGUUAAUUGCUUUGCCACAUGUUUUGCAGUAUUACUUUAGUGCCUUGUUGCAAACAGGAUGCAUGUUUUGGAAUAUUUUUAUUCUGUACAGGCUUCCUUAUUUUCACUCAAUUAUUGGUUAGUAUUGUGGAGUAACUACAAUGUUGAUUCAUCCUCAGUUUUCUCCUAUCACAGCUGUUUUAAAGUCACCAUUGACCUCAUGGUGAAAUCCCUGAAUGGUUUCCUUCCUCUCCGGCAACUGAGUUAGGAAGGAUGCCUGUAUCUUUGUAGUGACUGGGUGUAUUGAUACACCAUCCAAAGUGUAAUGAAUAAAUUCACCAUGCUCAAAGGGAUAUUCAAUGUCUGCUUUUUAUUUUUUUACCCAUCUACCAAUAGGUGCCCUUUUUUGAGAGGCAUUGGAAAACCUCUCUGGUCUUUGUGGUUGAAUCUGUGUUAGAAAUUCAGUGCUCGACUGAGGGACCUUCCAGAUAAUUGUAUGUUCGGGGUACAGAGAUGAGGUAGUCAUUCAAAAAUCAUGUUAAACACUAUUAUUGCACACAGAGUGAGUCCAUGCAACUUAUUAUAAUGUUUUACUUCUGAACUUAUUUAGGCCUGCCAUAACAAAGGGGUUAAAUACUUAUUGACUCAAAACAUUUCAGCUUUUCAUUUUUAAUGAAUUUGUAAACAUUUAAAAAAAAAAAAAAUCCACUUUGACAUUAUGGGGUAUUGUGUGUAGGCCAGUGACAAAACAUCUUGACAAAACAUCUUGACAAAACAUUUAUUUAAUCAAUUUUAAAUUCAGGCUGUAACACAACAAAAUGUGGAAAAAGUCAAGGGGUGUGAAUACUUUCUGAAGGCGCUGUAGAACAAACAAUAGCCAGAUAGAAAAAUCGAAUGAGAAAUUUAAACACACCUUACAGUUGAGCAAAGCAUUACAGUGAGGAAAAAAAGUAUUUGAUCCCCUGCUGAUAUUGUACGUUUGCCCACUGACAAAGAAAUGAUCAGUCUAUAAUUUUAAUGGUAGGUUUAUUUGAACAGUGAGAGACAGAAUAACAACAAAAAAAUCCAGAAAAACACAUGUCAAAAAUGUUAUAAAUUGAUUUGCAUUUUAAUAAUGAAAUAAGUAUUUGACCCCUCUGCAAAACAUGACUUAGUACUUGGUGUCAAAACCCUCGUUGGUAAUCACAGAGGUCAGACGUUUCUUGUAGUUGGCCACCAGGUUUACACACAUCUCAGGAGGGAUUUUGUCCCACUCUUCUUUGCAGAUCUUCUCCAAGUCAUUAAGGUUUCGAGGCUGACGUUUGGCAACUCGAACUUUCAGCUCCCUCCACAGAUUUUUCUAUGCGAUUAAGGUCUGGAGACUGGCUAGGCCACUCCAGGACCUUAAUGUGCUUCUUCUUGAGCCACUCCUUUGUUGCCUUGGCCGUGUGUUUUGGGUCAUUGUCAUGCUGGAAUACCCAUCCACGACCCAUUUUCAAUGCCCUGGCUGAGGGUAGGAGGUUCUCACCCAAGAUUUGACAGUACAUGGCCCCGUCCAUUGUCCCUUUGAUGCGGUGAAGUUGUCCUGUCCCCUUAGCAGAAAAACACCCCCAAAGCAUAAUGUUUCCACCUCCAUGUUUGACGGUGGGGAUGGUGUUCUUGGGGUCAUAGGCAGCAUUCCUCCUCCUCCAAACACGGCGAGUUGAGUUGAUGCCAAAGAGCUCGAUUUUGGUCUCAUCUGACCACAACACUUUCACCCAGUUCUCCUCUGAAUCAUUCAGAUGUUCAUUGGCAAACUUCAGACGGCCCUCUAUAUGUGCUUUCUUGAGCAGGGGGACCUUGCGGGCACUGCAGGAUUUCAGUCCUUCACGGCGUAGACUUGUUACCAAUUAUUUUAUUGGUGACUAUGGUCCCAGCUGCCUUGAGAUCAUUGACAAGAUCCUCCCGUGUAGUUCUGGGCUGAUUCCUCACCGUUCUCAUGAUCAUUGCAACUCCACAAGGUGAGAUCUUGCAUGGAGCCCCAGGCCGAGGGAGAUUGACAGUUCUUUUGUGUUUCUUCCAUUUGCGAAUAAUCGCACCAACUGUUGUCACCUUCUCACCAAGCUGCCAUUCCAGCCUUGUGUAGGUCUACAAUCUUGUCCCUGACAUCCUUGGAGAGCUCUUUGGUCUUGGCCAUGGUGGAGAGUUUGGAAUCUGAUUGAUUGAUUGCUUCUGUGGACAGGUGUCUUUUAUACAGGUAACAAGCUGAGAUUAGGAGCACUCCCUUUAAGAGUGUGCUCCUGAUCUCAGCUUGUUACCUGUAUAAAAGACACCUGGGAGCCAGAAAUCUUUCUGAUUUGAGAGGGGGUCAAAUACUUAUUUCCCUCAUUUAAAAUGAAAAUCAAUUUAUAACAUUUUUGACAUGCGUUUUUCUGGAUUUUUUUGUUGUUAUUCUGUCUCACUGUUCAAAUAAACCUACCAUUAAAAUUAUAGACUGAUCAUUUCUUUGUCAGUGGGCAAACAUAUAAAAUCAGCAGGGGAUCAUAUACUUUUUUCCCUCACUGUAUAUGACGGAAAGGAUGCAUGCAUGCAAAGCCCCCCAAAAUAAGUUAUCCUUGCCGUUGUGAACCAAACGACCAAAAACCUAAUCCUACUAAUUGAAAUAUUUUAACAGCAUUAAGACAAAUGAAAGUUAUGUUAUUAAAAUAUUUACCAAAUAUUCGAAUAAAGUGUUUAAUGUCCUAAAGUUGCUGCUUUUAAAUGGGAACAAUUAUUUACAUUUACAUUUCAGUCAUUUAGCAGACGCUCUUAUCCAGAGCGACUUACAGUUAGUGAGUGGAUACAUUUUCAUACUUAUCUAAGUCAGAGUAUAUGCUAUUCUCAAUCACAACUUUGAAUAAUAUUUCAUGCCACAAGAAGUGAAAUUGAGCAGUCUAAAGAUAACGUAGGCUACAGCUGAGGAAAGCUUAUGAAAGAAAACAAUGUGUAGCCUAGUUGGCCUAUGCCUAUAUCCAUAUUAUUCUAGCAAUGUGCAACCUACCUUCAACGCAUAGUAGCCUAGGCCUAAUAAGAGCAUAGGAUUAGGCAAAAAUGUGAAUCAGUUUAUAAUUAUCCAGUUCUGAGGACAGCAGAGUUGCUUGCUCUGUAGCCCAUGAUGAUUUACAACCCGUCACACGACACACUGCCAGUGAGGGAGGCCUUUUGACUGUGUCACUCACUCCAUCUGUACGCUUCGGCACACACAGACAUGCCCACACACCUCUUUCGUGCCACAGCUCCACCAGAGUGGAAUAGGCUACUAGAAAAGAUUUGUCUCCACUAAAUAUCUUUUGCCAAUGUCGUGAUUUAUCUCGUCCGUCCAGUAGCAUGCGAGCUCGCACUCGCAUCUUUUUAAUACUUUUAAAAAUUCAAAUAAGUACUUUUUGGGGGGAGUGGGUAGCCAAAAGGGGGCGAUACCAUCGUAUAUCACAAUGUUUUUUGAGUACUUUUAUUUAUUUUUAUUUAACCUUUUAUUUAACCAGGUAAGCCAGAAGAGAACAAGUUCUCAUUUACAACUGCGACCUGGCCAAGAUAAAGCAAAGCAGUGUGAUAAAAACAACAACACAGAGUUACAUAUGGGGUAAAAAAACAUAAAGUCCCCCCCAAAAAAUACAACAGAAAAUCUAUAUACAGUGUGUGCAAAUGUAGCAAGUUACAGAGGUAAGGCAAUAAAUAGCCUAUAGUGCAAAAUAAUUACAAUUAGUAUUAACACUGGAAUGCUAGAUGUGCAAGAGAUUAUGUGCAAAUAGAGAUACUGGGGUGCAAAAGAGCAAAAUAAAUAACAAUAUAGGGAAGAGGUAGUUGGAUGGGCUAAUUUCAGAUGGGCUGUGUACAGGUGCAGUGAUCGGUAAGCUGCUCUGACAACUGAUGCUUAAAGUUAGUGAGGGAGAUAAGAGUCUCCAGCUUCAGAGAUUUUAGCAAUUCGUUCCAGUCAUUGGCAGCAGAGAACUGGAAGGAAUGGCGGCCAAAGGAGGUGUUGGCUUUGGGGAUGACCAGUGAGAUAUACCUGCUGGAGCGCAGACUAUGGGUGGGUGCUGCUAUGGAGUACAUAUUCACGAUGGGACAAAGGUUGACAUCGCUCAACCCUACUUGUGACCUUCUCUUGUUGGGCUAAGCCCCAGAAGAUGAGCCACCAGUGAAAGCUUAUAUUUUUCUGCGUCAGGCCUCUGUCUGGGGUGGAAAGGUACCUUGUGAAAGUAGGCUACAAUACUUAGAAUCACAUCAGUUUGUUGCAAACAAGACACAUUGGUUUGGCUUUGGAGAAAUGUGGUAAGAGGAAUGCAUAUCUCUGUCCAUUCUUUCCUGAAACUUCUAUUUUCUAAAUCCACCUUUCUUUUGGGACUUUUUGCGAGCGACAUUUUCUCUUGCAAGCAAGUUGAUUGUUUUGAGCUAAUAAAAAGGAAGGUAGGCUACCUGUUUUCCCCCAAUCAACGCACAGAGAAAUAGACAGUCUACAAAACUCAUUUACUAGAGACAUUGCUGAUUGCAUCUAAAUUUUUAUGUUAUUUUCAUUGAAUUGGUUAUGUACUAACCAGAUGUGUUAAACAUUUUGUUCAAAAUAGUGUAGGUCUAUGAAUUGGGCUGCUAUUAUAUUAUGUUCUGGCCCGGUGACUAUUAGCUCAGAAAAACUGUGGUAUAAAAAAAGGACAUUCUGCUAAUGUCUUCAGUCAUGUAAAAUGACUAGAAUUGCAUGAAAUGCGUUCAUAAAAGGCUUUUUUUAUAAAGGUGCAAUGCUCUAUUAUAAAGGUGAUUUAAUUUAUUUGCCCCAGAUCGUAGUAAUGAGGUAGGUCUACUUUGUCACGGUUACUGUGGUCGUAAUCAUUAUGUUUUGUCAUUUUUUUCAUGUACAAGUUGAGGGUUGUAAAAUUUUUGAACAUUGGUUAUGGGGGUGCUUUUUUUAUGACAUCUCGAGUUCGACCCCCCUUUCCCACCAGUAAUUUUCAACCGGUCCCUAAUAUCAUAGCAUAAUUCAAUUUGGAGCUAAUUCAACACAACACAACACCUGAGGAAGUGGAAACUCAAAACACAUCAGCUAGCUCGCUAACUCUAAAUAUAAUACCCACUGCUAGUAGCCAUGUAUUAAUCUAACAGUAAAUUGAAUGUCCUAAAAAAAACAAUGCAGUUGUAGGGUAAUGAGAUUUAGAUGCCCUCGUAAUCUCUCGUGGACAGAUGAAACGGCAAGAAUCUGUUAAGGCUCACGUAUAAUUAUGUGAUUACGAGUAGCAGUAGUUCCUGGUUUUGAGUUUUCCUCAUUGAUUAUUUGGACGAAUCAGGAUUGAGCGAAGGCGAUGCUUAAACUGGUGCGGUGAUAUUCAAACCCGUGUGCGGAUGAUAAAUGGUUUCAACUAGAUUCCACAGCUACAAAGUCAAAAUUGUCUGUAUCAUGAAAAUUCAUGAAAACAAAAAUGUGCUUUUUGGCCAUUAUAAACACGGGUGAAAUUAACAGAAGGGAGUGGUUUGGCUUAUUUUCCGUUUGCAAGGGAGGAGACUUCGCUUCCUUCCUUUGCACAAAGGUAAUCACAAUUGUUAAUGGUAUUCCCUCCAUAAGUAAAACAGGACAUUAAAAAAUGUUGCUACUGAUCUUAAUAAUGAGAGUUGAGAAAUAACAAUUAUACCUAUAAAAAGCUGAGACCCUCCUCUCUUCGACAUGGACAACAGUAGUUGCUUCCAAAGCUAUGUUUUUCCUGCAAUUGCAUUUUGAAAUGUUAUACAAUCAGAACAAAAAAAAUUCUCCUGGAGAGGAAUGUGGCUUGCUCGUCACAUCAGUAGGUCCUAGCGAAACAGGGGCAGGGCAGACACUUACAUUACAGGAAUCAUGAGGAUAAUGUACUUCACUGUUUGACCAAAUCAUGGUUUUAGCUGCCCAAAAAGAGGAAGGUUUGAGUGAGUGACAAUGUAGAAUGUGCAGCUCGCACCGAUGCGACCAAUUAAAAAAUAAAUAAAGACUCUCUCUCAGCCAAGUCAAAUGGUCAUAGUCUGGAACCCUGGAUCACUUACAGACAUCACAGAUCCAUUGUUUGAAUAACUGACUAGUCAGUGAUCUACAGUGUUAAGACGUUUUCAUGACACUGGGUGUUUACCAGGUGUGUUCACACUGUAUAUGUUCAGUCUGUUACUCCUGACACUAUGUGUGUGUGUUUCAGAGCGUCGGCACGGCUCCCCGUGUCCCUCCAGGGGUCCAGUGGUCUCUGUGAAGCCCAAUGUGGCAGUGUCCACCACCCCGGGUCCUGCUCCCCCUCCGCCCUUCAGGGUCCCCAGAGACUACCCCCACUCCCGCUUCAACAAGGCCCCGCUCGCUGUCUACCCUCCCAAGGGUGCCCGCGGCAAGACAUGGUAGGUACAGACACACUUACACAUGUUGAUAAACACACACAGGCCAAAUCUUGUGAACAUGCAGACAUUGCCUGCAUUUGAAUCCCUGUCAUGGUUAUUAUUUAUUUUGAAUAAAAAUUCCACAACUUUCCACUCAAUCAUUUAGCACCCUCUCUCUCAUCCCUCUCUCUCCAGUGUGUCGUUGCCAGUAGUGAGUCUGGAGAAGAUGCCAUGUCUGGGCCGGGCAGAGGGGGGAACACCCAUCAGAGUCAACUGCUUUUCUUCCACACCCUCCUGCUCCUCUCCCUCCUCCCUCAAACCCUCCCUGACCCCCCCAGCUCCCCUCAGGGGGUCUCAGGAAAAGCUGGUGAACGGUCGCGGCCCCUCCACCCCUUGCUCCACCACACCCGCCUCCUCGGUGGACCGCCGGCCCAGCCCGGCCCGCUCUCCCCUGGACAAACAGCCCUCCUCUACCCCCUCCCCCUCCCCCCUGGACCACCGCAGACCCGCCGCCUCCCCUUCUCCCUCCCCUCGGACCCCGGCACCCACCUUCCCCCUGGACAGGAAACAGCAGAAUGGAACCAAGACCCCCAGGCCUCACAGGAGACUGUCAGGUGAGAACACAGUCUAACCACAGAUCUAGGAUCAGUUUACCCUACCCCCAAUCCUACUUUUAAUCAUUAUCAUGGUCCUGUGUAGCUCAGUUGGUGGAAUGGUGCUUACAACGCUAAGGAUCGUGGGUUCAUAUGAUGUAUUAAUGUACCUUUUAUCUGGUAGGCAAUGUGUAACAUCUACUUAAAUUCUUCCACCAGUAAUGUGCAUAUCUAAGCACUAUAAAGGUUAUGGUAAAAAUAUAAAGCCUAUGUUUAUAAGUGUAAAACCCCUCCAUAUUCCUUAUUAUCUCCCCUAACCUUUGAAAGCUGCCCAGUCAUGAGAGUGAUGGGGCAUGAACAGAUUCAUAUGAUGGGUUAGGAACUUGGCAUGGGUGGGGGCUGUUUUGAAAGAAGAGAGAGUGGAAGCUGUUGCUCAACUCUAAUCCUAUGCACUGGGGCCUUGCUAAUUCUACGGUGGAGGAGGAGACUUCCCUCGUACCUCUCUUUCCAACUCUCCUAUCUCUUCAUUCUUCCCGUCUCUCUUUUCCCUCUCUCUCUCUCCUUUCUCCAUAUGUUGUUGUCUCUUUGCUGUUUGUCGCUCCAACUAUGAUUUACAAGUGUAGUUCAUGAGCUACUGUUGCCAAGGCUUCUGCUCCUUAAAAACCUUCCCACCACUUGGGACUCCAACUGGCCUCAUCUACUCUCAUCUCCUAAACACAUACUCUGAGAGACACACACACACACACACACACACACACACUUCUCAUUUCCCACACACACACAAGCAGUAACACACACACACACAUUAUUUUAAUCUCCCCCAUACACAGACUCACACACAUGCACACACACUCUCCUCUCCUCAUCUUCCAAACACACACACACUCCCAACCACUCCCAUAACUCAGACUACCUAGCUAGAUUAUAGAGAUUACAUAUGUAAGAUUACAGGGACAUUUUAAGUGUUUAACGCAGGGGAAACUGCUCAGUGGAAUUUGGGAAGUUUCAGUCAAACAACAGUCUACUGUAGAUCAUAUAACGCAACUUUGUAAGACCCAUCUCUCCUGUCAUUCAAGAUAUCUUGGAAAAAGAUUACCUCAUGGUACACCGGAAGACAAAAAUCUGUAAUCAGCUGUGACGACCUGGUUUGAUUGUUGAUGUCUGUCUGGUGUUUACAGGGAGGGUGUUUGACCCUAACAAGCACUGUGGAGUCCAGGACCCAGAGAGCAAACGGUCCUGCACGCGAUCACUCACCUGCAAGGUGAGACACACUGCCCUCUAACCUCUGACCUCACAUCUCAUUGGCUACACAGCUCAUUCUGACCAUAAGUGCACAUUAAUUUAUUUUGCCUUGUGUGCUUUAAUUUCCUUGAUACCAGGGAAAACUAAUUUAAGUCUAAUUUUAAAUGUGUUUUUAUUGCCCUCUUGUGUCCACUUAUUUUUGUUAUUUACGUGUGUGUGUGUGUGUGUUCCAGACUCACUCCCUGACCCACCGACGGGCCGUCCCAGGCAGGCGGAAAGAGUUUGAUAUUCUCCUGGCGGAACACAAGGGCCGAGCGAAGGAGAAAGAGAAGGAGGGGGCGAAAGAGAAAGAGAAGGAGGGAGGGCAGAGGAGGGAGUCACAGGGGGGCAGUCAGAGCAUCCCUGCCAACAACACUACCCCCUCCACCCUGCCCCACCACUGCCACAAUGGCAGGACCGUCUCCACACUCAAACUGCGGCUGGCCAAUGCACACAUACCCAAGUAGGGGGCAGCACUGAGGCCAAAGUCAAUGUAUAGCUUCUAUUCGUUCAAUGGAAUCAUAGACUUGUUAUGAUAUUUGUUCAAUAAAGAUGCUGUGUUUGCUGCUCAGUAAUAUUAGACCAAAGUUAGACCAAAGUUGCAUAGUUGCAAAACAUUCUACUGCACUGUUGGAGCUAGUAACAAGCAUUUUGCUGCACCUGCUACAACACCUGCAAAUCUGUGUACCCAACCAAUUAACUUUGAUUUGAUUUGAUUAUAAAAAAUCUCUCAGUUCAGACUUAAACCACUAGGGGGUGCUGUAAACUACUGUUGAUAGCAGAAUCAGAAUCAAAGUGAAAACAAACCGAUUUUGACACUUGUUAAAAAAUGUCUUCCUUUCACUUUCUCUCCUCUCCUCUUUCUGCCUGUCUUUCUCUCUUUUUCGCUCUCUCUCUCCCCUUCUCUCCCCAUCUGUGUGCAGGGUACCUGGUGGUGGUGGUGCUGCUGUCUUAUCCUCUACCCCCGUCCCCCCAGCCUCAACCCAGGACCCCCCAGCCUCUGUCUGGCAGAGGGCAGGAGGGGACGAGAGGGCAGGAGGGGACAGGGACGGUCGUCUGUCCAGUGAUGAGGGCAACCCAGGAACACCAGAGGACCCUGACAGAGACAUAGAUGGAGACCGACCAUCCUGCCACUACUCCCCUCACCACCCUCGACCACUGGGGGUAUGUACAGUUGAAGUCGGAAGUUUACAUACACCUUAGCCAAAUACAUUUAAACUCAGUUUUUCACAAUUCCUGACAUUUCAUCCUAGUAAAAAUGCCCUGUCUUAAGUUAGUUAGGAUCACCAGCUUUUAUUUAUUUCAUAACAUUCCCAGUGGGUCAGAAGUUUACAUACACUCAGUUAGUAUUUGGUAGCAUUGCCUUUAAAUUAUUUAACUUGGGUCAAACGUUUCGGGUAGCCUUCCACAAGCUUCCUACAAUAAGUUGGAUGAAUUUUGACCCAUUCCUCCUGACAGAGCUGGUGUAACUGAGUCAGGUUUGUAGGCGUCCUUGCUCGCACACGCUUUUUCAUUUCUGCCCACACAUUUUCUAUAGGAUUGAGGUCAGGGCUUUGUGAUGGCCACUCCAAUACCUUGACUUUGUUGUCCUUCAGCCAUUUUGCCACAACUUUGGGUCAUUGUCCAUUUGGAAGACCCAUUUGCGACCAAGCUUUAACUUCCUGACUGAUGUCUUGAGAUUCAAUAUAUCCACAUCAUUUUCCUUCCUAAUGAGGCCAUCUAUUUUGUGAAGUGCACCUGUCCCUCCUGCAGCAAAGCACCCCCACAGCAUGAUGCUGCCACCCCUGUGCUUCACGGUUGGGAUGGUGUUCUUCGGCUUGCAAGCUUCCCCCUUUUCCCUCCAAACAUAACGAUGGUAAUUAUGGCCAAACAGUUCUAUUUUUGUUUCAUCAGACCAGAGGACAUUUCUCCAAAAAGUACGAUCUUUGUCCCCAUGUGCAGUUGCAAACUGUACUCUGGCUUUUUUAUGGCGGUUUUGGAGCAGUGGCUUCUUCCUUGCUGAGCGGCCUUUCAGGUUAUGUCGAUAUAGGACUCGUUUUACUGUGGAUAUACAGUGAGGGAAAAAAGUAUUUGAUCCCCUGCUGAUUUUGUACAUUUGCCCACUGACAAAGACAUGAUCAGUCUAUAAUUUUAAUGGUAGGUUUAUUUGAACAGUGAGAGACAGAAUAACAACAACAAAAUCCAGAAAAACGCAUGUCAAAAAUGUUAUAAAUUGAUUUGCAUUUUAAUGAGGGAAAUAAGUAUUUGACCCCUCUGCAAAACAUGACUUAGUACUUGGUGGCAAAACCCUUGUUGGCUAUCACAGAGGUCAGACGUUUCUUGUAGUUGGCCACCAGGUUUGCACAACUCUCAGGAGGGAUUUUGUCCCACUCCUCUUUGCAGAUCUUCUCCAACUCAUUAAGGUUUCGAGGCUGACGUUUGGCAACUCGAACCUUCAGCUCCCUCCACAUAUUUUCUAUGGGAUUAAGGUCUGGAGACUGGCUAGGCCACUCCAGGACCUUAAUGUGCUUCUUCUUGAGCCACUCCUUUGUUGCCUUGGCCGUGUGUUUUGGGUCAUUGUCAUAUUGGAAUACCCAUCCAUGACCCAUUUUCAAUGCCCUAGCUGAGGGUAGGAGGUUCUCACCCAAGAUUUGACGGUACAUGGCCCCGUCCAUCGUCCCUUUGAUGCGGUGAAGUUGUCCUGUCCCCUUAGCAGAAAAACACCCCCAAAGCAUAAUGUUUCCACCUCCAUGUUUGACGGUGGGGAUGGUGUUCUUGGGGUCAUUGGCAGCAUUCCUCCUCCUCCAAACAUGGCGAGUUGAGUUGAUGCCAAAGAGCUCCAUUUUGGUCUCAUCUGACCACAACAUUUUCACCUAGUUCUCCUCUGAAUCAUUCAGAUGUUCAUUGGCAAACUUCAGAUGGGCCGGUAUAUGUGCUUUCUUGAGCAGGGGGACCUUGCGGGCACUGCAGGAUUUCAGUACAUCACGGAGUAGUGUGUUACCAAUUGUUUUCUUGGUGACUAUGGUCCCAGCUGCCUUGAGAUCAUUGACAAGAUCCUCCCGUGUAGUUCUGGGCUGAUUCCUUACCGUUCUCAUGAUCAUUGCAACUCCACGAGGUGAGAUCUUGCAUGGAGCCCCAGGCCGAGGGAGAUUGACAGUUAUUUUGUGUUUUUUCCAUUUGCGAAUAAUCGCACCAACUGUUGUCACCUUCUCACCAAGCUGCUUGGCGAUGGUCUUGUAGCCCAUUCCAGCCUUGUGUAGGUCUACAAUCUUGUCCCUGACAUCCUUGGAGAGCUCUUUGGUCUUGGCCAUGGUGGAGAGUUUGGAAUCUGAUUGAUUGAUUGCUUCUGUGGACAGGUGUCUUUUAUACAGGUAACAAACGGAGAUUAGGAGCACUCCCUUUAAGAGUGUGCUCCUAAUCUCAGAUCUUUACCUGUAUAAAAGACACCUGGGAGCCAGAAAUCUUUCUGAUUGAGAGGGGGUCAAAUACUUAUUUCCCUCAUUAAAAUGCAAAUCAAAUUAUAACAUUUUUGACAUGCAUUUUUCUGGAUUUUUUUGUUGUUAUUCUGUCUCUCACUGUUCAAAUAAACCUACCAUUAAAAUGAUAGACUGAUCAUUUCUUUGUCAGUGGGCAAACGUACAAAAUCAGCAGGGGAUCAAAUACUUUUUUCCCUCACUGUAGAUACUUUUGUACCUGUUUCCUCCAGCAUCUUCACAAGGUCCUUUGCUGUUGUUCUGGGAUUGAGUUGCACUUUUCGCACCAAAGUACGUUCAUCUCUAGGAGACAGAACGCGUCUCCUUCAUGAGCGGUAUAACGGCUGCGUGGUCCCAUGUUGUUUAUACUUGUGUAGUAUUGUUUGUAGAGAUGAACGUGGUGCGUUUGGAAAUUGCUCCCAAGGAUGAACCAGACUUGUGGAGGUCUACAAUUUCUUUGGAUUUUCCCAUGAUGUCAAGCAAAGAGGCACUGAGUUUGAAGGUAGGCCUUCAAAUACAUCCACAGGUACACCUCCAAUUAACUCAAAUGAUGUCAAUUAGCCUAUCAGAGGCUUCUAAAGCCAUAACAUCAUUUUCUGGAAUUUUCCAAGCUGUUUAAAGGCACAGUCAACUUAGUGUAUGUACACUUCUGACCCACUGGAAUUGUGAUACAGUGAAUUAUAAGUGACAUCAUCUGUCUGUAAACAAUUGUUGGAAAAAUUACUUGUGUCACGCACAAAGUACAUGUCCUAACCGACUUGCCAAAACUAGUUUGUUAACAAGAAAUUUGUGGAGUGGUUGAAAAACGAGUUUUAAUGACUCCAACCUAAGUGUAUGUAAACUUCCGACUUCAACUUUACCUGUACCUGUAUCUACAUUUACAUUUGAGUCAUUUAGCAGACACUCUUAUCCAGGGUGACUUACAGGAGCAAUUUGGGUGAAGUGCCUUGUACCUGUCUCUGUACCUGUCUACCCAACACUUAAUAUUAAGGUAGCUAUGCGCAAAAAUAUGUAUAAUUGUUUACGAAGGGUUUGUAAGUAAUCACUCAAUUUCAGCUCCUUCUAAAAUAUUUAUAAACAAAUAAACGGUUGAUAAACUACUUGUAAAUCCUUUAUAAAGUGUUCCCUUAUCUCUCAGUCUAACACCCAAACUGAAAUCAACCCUAAGCCCCUUCCCUAGAGCUGGGAAGAUAAACCGACACCGACAUUGCCCUCUUACCGAAGCAUUUUGGUUACAUCUGUAAUUUUCGGUUAUUAUGCUACACAACGUUCCUGUAGAUGUUUUUGUUCUAAAACCAUUAUUUUGUCAACAGUAAUGUGCAUUAACCUGCAAUUUGCAAUGAAAGUACAGUAUCUUCCCUGUCCCUGUUUCGCUGCCCGGUCUCACUCCCUCUCCCCACUUUGCGUACCAAGUGAAUGGACAGAUGCAUUCUGAUAAGCGCAAGCAUACAACCAUUGAGCAACAUUUCUAAAUGUAAUUGGGGAAAAACAAUGUAUUUUUUAAACUAAUUUUACUGUUGUAAAAAAAUAUUGGAGAUUCUCAGCUUUAUGUGAGCAUAUUUUUUGUUUCUCAACUUUCAAUUUUGAGGAAAUAACACCACUUUACAAACAGAGUAUGUAGUUGAGAUGAUGCGCUGGCGGAACGGCCAUUUGCAGUGAAUAAAUCAAGUAGUCUAUUGAUGCCUACCAAUGGAAAGUUUUUUGUUGGACAUUACAUUUACUGUUCGAUCAAUUACAUGGCUAUCUAGCAACAACAUCAUAUUUUUAGAGUUAGCAAUAUAGCUAAUGUGUUUUGAGUUCCCACUUCCUCAUGUGGUAGAUUGUAUCAUAUGCACACAAAAAAGAUUCAGGCAAAUUAAUCUGGUCCUCUGUAGCUCAGCUGGUAGAGCACGGCGCUUGUAACGCCAUGGUAGUGGGUUCGAUCCCCGGGACCACCCAUACGUAAAAAUGUAUGCACGCAUGACUGUAAGUCGCUUUGGAUAAAAGCGUCUGCUAAAUGGCAUAUUAUUAUUAUUAUUAUUAUUUUAUUUUGUUGUUGUUAAUUUUUUGUUGAAUUUUUAAAAAUGUUAUACUUUUUUUUCUCCCCAAUUUUGUGGUAUCCAAUUGGUAGUUACAGUCUUGUCCCAUCGCUGCAACUCCCGUACGGACAUGGUAGAGGUGAAGGUCGAGAGUCGUGCGUCCUCCAAAACACAACCCAACUGAGCCACACUGCUUCUUGACACAGUGCCCGCUUAACCCAGAAGCCAGCCGCACCAAUGUGUCGGAGGAAACACCGUACACCUGGCAACCGAGUCAGCGUGCACUGCGCCCGGCCCGCCACAGGAGUCGCUAGUGCGCGAUGGGACAAGAACAUCCCUGCCGGCCAAACCCUCCCCUACCCUGGACGCUGGGCCAAUUGUGCGCCGCCCCAUGGGUCUCCCGGUCGCGGCCGGCUGCGACAGAGUCUGGAUUCGAACCAGGAUCUCUAGUGGCACAGCUACUAGACCACUGCGCCACUCGGGAGGCCCGGCAAAUUAAUCUCUACAUCAAAAUAUCUAUCAUGCAUUCCCUGAACAUGUUAGAGGAAAUAGCUAACUUCUUUCAUGUCUUACUUGGCACUGGAAAAAUCAGUCUAGAUCCCUGCCGCUAAUGGAAAGUAAAAAAAAAGUGGUUAUCGAACAAAAUGGGUAAAUUUAUUGUGAUAUGACUUUAUGUCCAUAUCGCCCAGCUCUACCCUUUCCCCCACACUCUUUGUAGAGAUUUGAUUGUGUAAGCAAUAUGGUGGAAACCUCAGCCGGACUGCCUAAUGAUAAUGCUAUAGAGCUAUGCCUUAAUAAUGACUUCGGAGCUAUUGCCAUGUCAUCAUACUGCUUGAAGUAGUGGUGUAACAAUACACAUUCGUACUGAACCAUUUGGUACGGAGACCUCUGUUCGGUCCGCACUGUGAACACGAAUGAAUACAUUAAAAAUAACCUAGGCCUAUAGGCUAUGCCUACACUGCAUUGUAGGCUUUCGCCUCUUGAGUAAAUUUGAGUUAAAAAAAAUAUUUCAGGCUAUUGCAUUAAAACAACUAGAGCCUAUGCGCACGUUAAUCAAAAUUAAUAUCUUAAUUGCCGAUUUCAAACUGUCCUUUUGUGAGGCGCAGCCGGGAACUAGUUCUAUGGUGGGGUCGAUAAACCAGAAUUGGAGGAUCCUCCUCCAUCGUUUAAAUCUCCAGUUUGGAAACAUUUUGGCUUCCCAAAGAUUACAACAGUGAUGGACAUAGAGUUGUGGUUUAUAACCGCAUAAAUGUGCCUAUGCUCGGUGGUUGAGAAUAGGGGGUUUCAGGCAUCACCUUGUGAAAGUGCUCGAGCCAUGUUACAAAUUUCCCUCUUGCACCCAUUUACUGUUGACCCAUUUCAGCAAAUAGGUAGUAUCCGCUCUACAGUGAUUUUGGAACGUAUUAGACCCCUUGACUUUUCCACAUUUUGUUACGUUACAGCUUUACUCUAAAAUUUAUUUUUUAUUUUUUAUAAUCCUCAGCAAUCUACACACAAUACCUCAAUGACAAAGCGAGAACAUUUCUUUUGAAAUGUUUGCAAUUUUAUUAAAAAUAAAAAAACAGAUACGUAAUUUACAUAAGUAUUCAGACCCUUUGCUAUGGGACUCGAAAUUGAGCUCCGGUGCAUCCUGUUUCCAUUGACCAUCCUUGAGAUGUUUCUACAACUUGAUUGGAGUCCACCUGUGGUCAAUUCAAUUGAUCGGACAUGAUUUGAAAAGGCACACACCUGUCUAUUUAAGGUCCCACAGUGCAUGUCAGAGCAUAAAACCAAGCCAUGAGGUCGAAGGAAUUGUCCAUAGAGCUCCGAGAUAGGAUUGUGUCGAGGCACAGAUCUGGGGAAUGGUGCCAAUAAAUGUCUGCAGCAUUGAAGGUCCCCAAGAACACAGUGGCCUCCAUCAUUCUUAAAUGGAUGAAAUUUGGGACCACCAAGACUCUUCCUAGAACUGGCCGCCCGGCCAAACUGAGCAAUCGGGGGAGAAUGGCCUUGGUCAGGGAAGUGACCAAGAACCCGACGGUCACUCUGACAGAGCUCUAGAGUUCCUCUGUGGAGAUGGGAGAACCUUCCAGAAGGACAACCAUCUCUGCAGCACUCCAUCAAUAAGGCCUUUUAUGGUAGAGUGGUCAGAUGGAAGCCACAUGACAGCCCGCUUGGAGUUUGCCAAAAGGCAUUUUAAGACUCUCAGACCAUGUGAAACAAGAUUCUCUGGUCUGAUGAAACCAAGCUUGAACUCUUUGGCCUGAAUGCCAAGAGUCGCGUCUGGAGGAAACCUGGCACCAUCCCUACAGUGAAGCAUGGUGAUGGCAACAUCAUGCUGUGGGGAUGUUUUUCAGCGGCAGGGACUGGGAGACUAGUCAGGAUCGAGGCAAAGAUGAACGGAGAAAGGUACAGAGAGAUCCUUGAUGAAAACCUGCUCCAGAACGCUCAGGACCUCAGACUGGGGCGAAGGUUCACCUUCCAACAGGACAACGACCCUAAGCACACAGCCAAGACAACGCAGGAGUGGCUUCGGGACAAGUCUCUGAAUGUCCUUGAGGGGCCCAGCCAGAGCCUGGACUUGAACUUGUUCAAACGUCUCUGGAGAGACCUGAAAAUAGCUGUGCAUCAACGCUCCCCAUUCAAUCUGACAGGGCUUGAGAGGAUCUGCAGAGAAUAAUGAGAGGAUCUGCAGAGAAGAAUGGGAGAAACUCCCCAAAUACAGCUGUGCCAAGCUUGUAGCUUCAUACCCAAGAAGACUUGAGGCUGUAAUCGCUGCCAAAGGUGCUUCAACAAAAUACUGAGUAAAGGGUCUGAAUACUUAUGUAAAUGUUAUAUUUCAGAUUUUUAUAUUUUAUACAUAUGCAAAAAUGUAUAAAAACCUGUUUUUGCUUUGUCAUUAUGGGGUAUUGUGUGUAGAUUGAUGAGGGGAAAAAACAAUUUCAUCCAUUUUAAAAUAAGGCUGUAACGCAACAAAAUGUGGAAGAAGUCAAGGGGUCUGAAUACUUUCCAAAUGCACUGUAUAUAAGCAAGCCAAAGCCAAAGUUUUCAAUUAAUUAGCCAAUGCACCCUGUGUUGCGCUUACUUAAGUGACAGCAUUGAUCACAUUACCCUGGAGUGGGAGAUGUACCGUGCUACAGACAUGCCCGCUUUAUGAGAGUCACAAGUGCGCAUCUGGCACUGAAGGAUGCAGUGUGAUGGUGUGUUCAUUACCAAGAUGGAAGUGAGAAUUUACCACAUACUACUGGGAAAAAUCCCCUCGAACGGCCCUCCAACUGGUAAUUACUAGUGGGAAACUCUUCUGUCAUCCUGAGCUCCCACUUCUCCCACAUACUGACCUCUGACGUCACCUACUAAGGAAAUGGCCACUAUAACAGCAUUUUCUGCAGUUAAAUGCAACAACAAAACAUUAUUUAUAAAACGCAAUCUAUUAAUGUUAUUUUUAACUGUAUAAUAGCUGUACUUUUAGUUUAGGGUUGACACAGCUUGUGGGCCAUUAGCCCAUUUGCGUUUCUCGAUGAGUUCAAAUCACAUGAAUGCAUCCAACUGGUAUUUACAACUUCACAACUGGUAAAUUCCCACCUCCCACAUGGUUACAAAUGCAGCAUCAGAGUGGAAACCUGAGGCCCAACAUAACAAUCCUGUCACAACAGAAUGCCAGGAACAUUGUGAAUGCUGAACAUUGUGAAUGGCAUUUAAACUUCCCGCUGUCCCGAAACCGAACCGAACCAUGACCCCAAAACCUCAAUACGUGCCGAACCGUGGAUUUGGUGAACCGUUACACCCCUAGCUUGAGGCCGUCCAUACAGGCUGAUUUGAUAUCUUUUUUCUGACUGUUUUAACCCAUCCCUCCGUGUCUCAGUGCUGUGCAUUCAGCAGCAGGCUGAUGGGGCGUGGUCACUAUGUGUUUGACCGGCGGUGGGACAAGAUGAGGCUGGCGUUACACUGUAUGGUGGAGAAACAUGUCAACACUCAGAUGUGGAGGUGAGGAAAGUGUGUGCAUGUAUUAAUUGUACCAGUAUAAAUGAUUUGCCAGCCCAUUUUGGGGAAAAUUGAGGUGUCGGGAUCUGGGGCUCUCGGCCCAACUCUAAUGUAUUUACAUCCAGCUUUAGACUUUUGAGAUGCUCUAUGGAGAAAGUGAGUUCAGCUGUCUAGGGAAGACACACAGAGACUCAUAGACCCUAUUAAUAGGUGUGGAAUGGCGGAUGUUAGUAUGACCUGGAUCUGAUGUGGCUCUGGCGUAGGACAUCAGCAGCUAGCUCAUAUUCUAGACAGAAAUGUCUCUGAACCCCUGUAAAUCUAUGGGUCAGUAUUUCAUUUUGGCUCUGGUUUUCUUAACGCUCUGCCUGUCUCUGUCCUCUGCUGUGUUACAGAAAGGUGCCCCUGGCUGCUGAGAGCCCUCUCUCCCUCGGGAGCCCUCCUAUCAGCACUCCCUCCCCCAGCUCUCUCACCCCUCUUCCCCGCCUCUCCUCCCCCUCCUUUCCUCCCUUCACCAAUGGAGCCUUCUCCCUUGGGUCCCACUCCACAACCUUCCCCCAGGAUGCAUCAGCAGCAGGGUUGUUUGGCAUCAGGGACCCCUCCCAGCCCCUGGCCCCUGUCUCCGCCCUAGGGAAACCCCGUAACGGCACUACCACCAAACCCAUCAGGCCCCCAGGGGCCACUGGUGGCGCAGCCAAGAAGAGGAGGACCACCCUUCCACCUAGUUCUGACACUCUUAGGGGGAACAGCAGCAGCUACCACACUCUGACUCCCACCCCCAUGCUCAGCUCUGGUAGGAGAAAGACCUUAGGACACAGUGCCAGUGAGGUGGGGGUCAGCGCUGAGGACUCGUACUCCAACCCUGACCCAACCACCACCACACCCUACCACCCCAGACCCUUGCCCCCUCCUCCCAGUCCCCUGCCUCCCCCCAGCCCCCUGGCCUACGGAGGAGGGGUGGAGGGGAGAAGGAGGAGGAGCCCCAGUGCAUACGGAGGAGGAGGGAAGCCCAGUAAGAUGGCCAAAGCAGCAGCAGGGCUGGACGGUCUCUUCAGGAGGAACAGCACUGGACUUCUGGCCUCAGGCCCAGAGUCACCUCGACAGGUAAACACACCUUCUAAAUCACCUGGUUACUCACAUGGUAACCCAACUGGUAAUUCACCUCACUUGACAGCUGAAGUUAGCUUGGCUCAAAUAAAAAUAGCCUGCCUCAUAUUUAUUUUUACUGUCAUGGAUUAUACAGAUUGAUGUCGUUUUAGGAUAUGUGUUGAGCUUGACAGUCAACUUGAUUCUUUCUUUCUCUCCCUUUCUUGCUCUCCCCCUGCUCUUCCUCUCCCCCUGUGUCUCUCUUUCCUCUUGCAGUCCAAGAUGCAUCAUAGACAAUAA